GCUUUCAAGAUGGCCGCCAAACAAGUUGCCCAGUCUGCGGGAAAAACUGUGUUUAAACCGCUUCUUUCGACGAGCCAUGCUGAAGCUAGACGAAGGGUAUUAAAUCUGUACAGAGCCUGGUGGAGAGAGGUUCCCCACUCCAUUGAGGCCUAUCAGUUAGAAAUCUCUACUAAGACUGGCCGUGCCAAGGUGCGAGAAGAAUUCAUGAAGAAUGCCCAUGUUCGGGAUAUCAGAGUGAUUGACAUGCUGGUAAUCAAAGGUAAAAUGGAACUUGAAGAAACUCACAAGUUGUGGAAGCAGGCAACACAUGUCAUGCGUUAUUUCAAGGAAACACAAGAACCUAGAAAAACAGAGUUCAUGGAAAGAUUCUUUGAUGGAUAUGACUAGAAAUUAACUAUCUUACACGUUUGUUGUAAAGAAGAAUCUACAUGGUUUAAAUUUAAUAAUUUUUCUUUCUUUAAAAGUUAGGAUGAAUUUGUAUGCUACAUCCUUUGUUUGGUGUGUGGGAAGGCUUGGCUGAUUUACUGAGCAAUGUAAAUAAAUUUGUGUGUAUCUGAAUUCCAGAAUAAAAUUUUUCUCCCAGUUUUCCAGUUCAAUGAA